AAUAAAUGAUCUUUCACAUCCUAAGAUGAAGUUUAAAGUUGACAUGAAUGCUCAACAGCUUGGGCUUUCAGGCACAGUCAUAAUCAAUCCUAAUUUUACUGUAGUGAUUGUUGAAGGGGGACCUAAAGCUAUUAAAUAUUAUAAGAAAUUGAUGUUGCGACGUAUUGACUGGUCUGAUACUACACGAAUAGGAGAAGGCACCAGUGAACAACCUGUUGACGAAUCUAUGGAACCUCCUAAGGAAAAUAAAUGCUCCCUGAUUUGGGAAGGAGAAGUAAAAGAUCACGGGUUUAAAGGAUUUUGGUUUAAGACAUGUCCAACGGAGAAAAUGGCCCGCGAUUACUUAAGAAAGCAUAAGAGUGAGCAUUAUUGGGAUUUGGCGUGCAAAUAUGUUGAUGAUGGAUUUGAGAAUCCUGCUAUC